CCAAACCCCAAGCUUGGACCCGGCCGGCGUGCAGCGGUCACGUGCCUCAGACAGCAUCAAGCUCAAGUGCAUUUGUUCUGUGUGGCCCAUUUGAAAGGAUUUUGUCUCCAUCAACAGAAAAGCAGAGAGGAUAACUUUUUGGAAUUCGGCCUGGUGGGUCCUUUUUGACGUUACGCUCGCUGCGGGUCCCACUUUCUCUCUCUUUCCCUCUGGGAAGGUCAAUACUUAAGCAGGUUCAUUUAUCCUGAAGACCUCAGUGCGUUUAGCUCCUCAGGAUGUACAGCUUUAUGGGAGGGGGUUUGUUCUGUGCCAUUGUGGGCAACAUCCUGCUGGUGGUCUCCACGGCAACGGACUACUGGAUGCAGUACAGACUGUCUGGCAUCUUCGCUCACCAGGGCCUGUGGAGAUACUGCAUGUCUGGCAAAUGCUACACGCAGACCGACAGCAUCGCUUACUGGAACGCAACCCGGGCCUUCAUGAUCCUCUCAGCGAUGUCGUGUUUUGCGGGAAUCAUCGCAGGCAUCCUCUCCUUCACUCACUUCUCCGCCUUUAAGCGAUUCAACCGUUCCUUCGCUGCAGGGAUCAUGUUUUUUAUCUCCACGCUCUUUGUUCUGCUGGCUAUGGCCAUCUACACCGGGGUGACGGUGAACUUCCUCGGGAAGCGUUUCAGCGACUGGCGUUUCUCAUGGUCCUACAUUCUGGGCUGGGUCGCUCUGCACAUGACCUUUUUUUGCAGGUAUAUUUUACAUGUGUGCCUACAGGAUGCAUGAAUGCCGCAGAGUGGCCGGCUCUCGCUAAAACGCAGGAGCAACAAACACUCAAGU